CCAGUACAAUGCAUACAGAGCCCCGACGGAGCCGUGUCACUUUAGCCUGCAAAAGAUGCAAGCGUCGAAAGCAGCGGGUCUGUACUUCAAGUCAUGUUCUCGGGCGGGAGUGACUUGUGCAUACGAAAAGCCUGUCCGGCCCCAGUAUCCUGGCGGCAAAUCCUUAUAUAUCAGGACCCUAGAGGAACGUAUCGCCUUCUUAGAAGCUCGCGUACCAGACCAGUCCCAGGACCACUUUUGCAACGAUGUAUCGACUCAGAUCCAGUCACUCUGCAACGUUCCGCGAGGUUUGCAUAAUGAUGCCCAGCAUGGGGCUCAUAGGCAGAGUCAAGAACUACCGAUAGAAAAUCCUCUGGACGACAGAGAAUCGCUUGUCAACGGAGUGGCGUAUCUCUCACUCUGCGCUUCUGGAACAGCAGACACCUCCUCUGAACCGUACUAUGUCGGGACAAGCUCUGGAGCUACAAUCGCUCGCCUCAUUCAGACUUCGAUGUACAAGGGUGGCGGAGAGCAUAGGGCUGCUGCUGAAGCUACUGGCGACCGAAGGAGACAAUCUACUCGCGCGGUAACUCCACCAUCGCCAUCCCUAUCGAACGACUCCAUUAUGUCUUCGCUCGAGUUCCCGCCCUUCGAGCGUUCUAGUAUGCUUUUCGAAAUCUUUUUUGAGCGCAUACACACUCGCUGGCCCGUACUGGAUCGAGAAAUGUAUCAAAAACUGUUCAACAGGCAAUACCAGCAUGGCGGCCUGAGCAUCGUCGAGUGCAGCAUUUUUCAUCUCAUAUAUGCAAUCGCAGCUCGAUUUUUAUUGCUCACCAGAAAGGUGCAAAGUGUGGACCCCGAGGUAAGACAAAACUCGAUGUUCUCAGAGAUAGCCCGCUCAGCCUUCACAGCGUCAUCUAAGAUGGGCCUACACAGGAAGAGAAAGGGAUUUCCUGCGUCCGCGGAGCAAGCGAGGGAUACUGAAUUAAGACGGCGAAUUUUUUGGACAUGUUAUUGCUUCGAUCGUUCCACAAGCAUCGUUCUCGGCCGACCGUUCGCUAUAUCGGAUAGCGAUAUCAACGUUGAGUUACCAAGUGCCGAUAUCGAAUACUGGACUCUCACUCACAAAGAACCACACGGGCCUUCAGAAGCUCAAUGGUCGAACGUGGAACCAUUCAUACACAUCAUCGGCCUGGAUCGAAUUCAAUCGAGGAUUCACAAAGCAGUCUUUCGGCUUGACAGAGAUGUACUAAAUGGAGGUUCCGAACAGCUCGCCAAAUUAUCACGGAAAUUGGCAUUGAUCAAGGCUGACCUUGACGAGUGGAGGCGCAGCUGCCCUCAAACUCCCAAAGAAGGGAACAGAACAACGUGGAUGUACGAUCCAGAAAGCGAGUUCCUUGAUGCUCGUGAUUUCUAUGGCUUGCAAUACCACAAAUCGAUACUGCUCAUGUUCACAAUCUUUCUACCAACGAGUAAGACUUUCGAUCCCAGGUUCAUCAUCUGUGCACGAUCAGCAGCGUCGGUCUGUACAGCUUACAAGAGGCUAAAUCAGAAUCGCACUCUGACCUACACCAUGAUUUCGCUGCAUUCUUCCUUCGUUGCUGGACUGACGCUGGUAUACUGCAUGUGGCGCGAUCGGUCGUUGUUCUCAUAUGACACCCUAGAGGCGGUACGUGACUGCUCACAGAACUUGACGAUUUUUGGCGAGAAGUGGCCUGGAGCUGUCAAGUACCGAGAUAUAUUCGAUGCGUUGUCUGGAAGCGUACUGAGAAGCAUAGUCAGCUCGGGAACAUCGACCGGGAAUGGUGAUGCCACAGAGAGAGCAGAAACGGAGACUGACAUCUCACAGACCAGCAAUGGUCGAAGAGUACGCAAUCAGCAUAGCGCGUCGCUUAGAACAAACGACCAGCCAAGGAGCGAUCGAGAGGACACCAUGAGCCACAUGCUGUCGGACGCCGUGAAAGACGCUUUCAUGGAAGUCGAUGAAGAAGCUCCUGGCGGAUGGCAAGGCUGGCGAAUAUGGAAUGAGAUGGUUAAUAAUAACGCAGCUCCCGCCUCAGAUCAGCCGUACAUACCUGGUUCAAGUGAUCAAGGGACAGACGCAACAAAUUGGAAUGAGUAUAGCGAUAUGAGAACGUUCAACGUGGACCCGUUGCAAGAUUCAGCAAUGCGGCUAGAAAAUCACACGGGGUCUCAUAUGCCUCAAUGGAAUGCGAGAGGAUUUAUAUAG